CGAAACAGAGCUGAGCUGGAGGAUUAUCAGGGUGACGGAAGAAGAGUCGGCUUUCGGUUGUAGAAAUAUUUAUUAUUAAUAACUGUAGUCAUUUGGUUGUUUUGUUCCGACGCGUAUCGCAGUUUAAGAAAUGUCAACCCCUGCCAGAAGGAGACUUAUGAGAGAUUUUAAGCGGUUACAAGAAGAUCCUCCAGCUGGUGUCAGUGGUGCCCCAUCUGAAAACAACAUUAUGGUCUGGAAUGCUGUCAUAUUUGGCCCUGAAGGAACGCCUUUUGAGGAUGGUACCUUUAAACUUACUGUAGAGUUCACAGAAGAAUACCCAAACAAACCCCCAACAGUACGAUUUGUGUCCAAGAUGUUUCACCCAAAUGUUUAUGCAGAUGGUAGUAUAUGUUUGGAUAUCCUGCAGAAUCGUUGGAGUCCCACUUACGAUGUGUCCUCUAUUCUUACAUCCAUCCAGUCCCUGCUCGAUGAACCGAACCCCAACAGUCCCGCCAACAGCCAGGCAGCUCAGCUUUACCAGGAGAACAAGCGGGAGUACGAGAAACGAGUUUCUGCCAUCGUAGAACAAAGCUGGAGAGACAGUUGACCUGAACAACCCCAAAGUUGCUGUGUGCUGCAACCUUUACCACAUUUUUUUGGACACCUCACCUUUUUGAUUUAAGAUUUUAUGCACUUUACCUUCAACUUUUUUAUGAUUUCUUACACAAAGGAUUUUUUUUUUCUCCUUCUUUAUAAUCCUUUUUUCAGUCUGCUGGAGGAAAUGUGCUGAAUCUUGCCUUGAUAUUUUCUUCUGUAUGGACUCGGGAUCGUCAAUGAAGAAUUUUGCUUCUUGUUGCGAUGUGUCUCUGAGCCACUGCUGUUUUUUCGUCGGGUUGUAAUUUGAUUUUUUUUUUUUUUUUUUUUUUUUAUGUAAAUUGGGGAAAGCACCUCAUCACUAUGAUACAGACUUGAUUAUUUUUUAUUAUUUUUAGCCUUUGUUGUGAACUGUUACAAGCACAAGUCUUUUCACCUUCCUGUUUGGUUCUCGUGUAUAUAAAGGAAGUUGUAUCCCACGUGUUGU